CGCAAAUCGCCCCGGGAUCUACCCCUCUCACCCAGCGCAACAGAACGCCAUCGCACAGUAUCCAGGUAAAAUGCAUCCCCAAGCCGCCCGGAACCUCCAGCAAGAGGUGGUCGACCUACAAUACCCGGCUCCGCGGCGCAUCAUGGGCCGCUAUUCCCGAACAUGAACGGGUUCGCCAACCACAUCCCCGGCAUAACCUGAAGAUGGAUGCGCCGUCAAUGCGCCUUCAAUGCGCCUGGUGCUCAACCGUGCAGAGCUAUCGGGACCCUAGAAAAGAACUUAGCGCCUUGUGGGUCUGUUGGCAAUGACUGAUUUCAUAUCAUCGCCGUCCCCUCCUGGGGCUGAAUCCCCCUUCUCCAUUCUAUGUCUUCAGAGGCAAUACCCGCUGCGAGUUGAAAGGAGCCUGGAUGGAAAUUGUUUACCAUGGCCGAUCCAGAGAUUGAACUGCCCAUGACGUCGUCCCAGCUCGCCCUCGACGACCAACCUUCGGGAAUAAGGACCAGACCAACAAAUCCGGACGAUGUAUUUCGGAACGCUUCAGAGGACCCCACAUUUGCAGCCUUCCCAACUUCCGACGAGAAGUACAACGAGAAGAGCGACAAUGAGGCACUCUCGGAAGACGACGAGCAAGAGCCUGGCGACAUUGUGUAUCACUAUUUGACCUUUUCGACCGAGCUGCCCAAUCCUACCACCAUAUAUCCAACGAGAGAGGAUCAGGAAACCCCCCCACAUCCGCCAGACCUAGUCAAAUUCACUUCGCCAUUCGAAUGGCCGAACUCGAGGAAACGAGUUAUCAUUUGGGUUUCUUGUGUCAUCACUGCUCUUACAGCUUUCACGGCUGGAGCGUAUAGCCCUGGCGUAGGGCAAAUGACUGAGGAAUGGCACAUUAGCAAUGUUGCGGCGUUGGUUGGCAUUACCACUUUUACCAGCGGCUUCGCAAUAGCCCCAAUGGUUUUAGCACCCUUCUCCGAGAUCAACGGACGACGACCCGUCUUCAUCGCCUCUGGAAUCCUGUUCGUGAUAUGCCAGCUCUGUACAGGGCUAACCCGCUCGUACGCCGGAAUGCUUGUGGUCCGCUUCUUCGUCGGCGUAGGAGGCUCAACCUUCUCCACUAUGGUCGGAGGAAUCGUUUCAGACAUCUACCACACCGAAGACCGCAACACGCCUAUGGCCCUCUUCUCAGGCGCCGCCCUCUUCGGCACCGGUUGGGGCCCCCUCGUCUGCGGUUUCAUCGCGCAGAACACCACCUGGCGCUGGAUCUUCUACGUGCAGACCAUAACUUGUGGCUCCGUAGUCGCCCUCAUCUGCAUAAUCUUCAAAGAAACGCGCGGCAGUGUUCUUCUCUCCCGGAAAGCCCGCGCCCUAAACAAAUGGUACGAAGCGCGCGAAGCAGCUGGCUACUACUGCUUCAACAUGCCGGAUCCGAGCGGCUCUGGUGGUCUGGUUUCGCAGCGCAUAAGAUGGAAAGUGAAAGCCGAUGAAGAGCGCUCUUCCAUUAGUAAAAUGAUCGCGAUCUCUCUCUACCGGCCCUUCCAUCUGCUCGUCACCGAGCCCGUCGUCUUCUGGUUCAGUCUCUGGGUAGCGUUUUCCUGGGCAGUACUCUACCUCACACUCGCCGCCAUCCCGCUCGUCUACCAGCGCAACCAUGGCUUCUCGCUUCAACAGGCUAACGCCGUGUUCGCGGCUAUGUGUGUCGGCUCCAUCAUCGCAACCUUUCUGUCCAUCUAUCAAGAGAAGAUUGCAAAGAAGUACGGCAAGUUGGCCAGCACGCCUGAGGGCCGGCUGUACUUUGCCUGCGUAGAGAGUGCAUGUAUGCCCAUUGGUCUUUUUAUGUUUGGCUGGACGAGCUUUCCGGAUAUCCACUGGGUUGUGCCGGCCAUCGCUAUUAGUAUCGCUACGAUCGGUAUCUUCGCCAUCUAUCUUGCGGUAUUCAACUAUCUCGCCGAUACGUACCAUCGCUACGCUAGUUCUGCGCUUGCAGCGCAGUCCUUUUGCAGAAACAUGCUCGGCGGCGUCUUCCCCCUAAUAACAACGCAAAUGUACAACCGCCUCACCUUCGGCGGCGCAAGCUCGCUCCUCGGCGGCAUAGGCACCCUACUAACCCUCGUCCCCUGGAUCCUGGUCUUCUACGGUCCGAGGAUUCGCGCGAGGAGCAAGUUCGCGAGCGAGAUUAUGGAUGUAACGGCCUAGUGGAGCUCCGAAGCAGAGAGACAUUUUCUCUCACUCGAGAUUAUGCAUGUCACGGCCUUGACUGAGUGAUAGAGUAAGGGAGGCAUCUUUGGAUUCGAAUUUUAUGAUACCCUCGACCGGAAAGAAAAGGGAGAGCAAAGAUCUGGGGAACAGCUUUUAGUGGGAUGAAUUUUUUACGAAUGUUAGUAAGAUAUCGACGUGGUGCAAUAGCAGUCUUAGUAGAAGCCGUGCCACGUCGAUAAAGCCUAUACGUGAUGCGCUAUUGCGUAACGCUUUCAAAUUUUUGUGCCUUGGUGAAGGAAGAACAGCGCGCAG